UAACAACUUCCGGCGCGUCAUUUUGUGUCUUCUUCCGGCUCGAGUCCAAACAAGUCCAGACAUGCCCCUUGCAAAGGAUCUGUUGCAUCCCUCCUCUGAGGAGGAGAAGAGGAGACACAAGAAGAAACGUCUCGUCCAGAGUCCAAAUUCCUAUUUUAUGGACGUCAAAUGCCCAGGUUGCUACAAGAUCACCACCGUGUUCAGUCACGCUCAGACUGUGGUGUUGUGUGUCGGCUGCUCCACGGUCCUCUGUCAGCCUACAGGCGGUAAAGCUCGCCUGACAGAAGGAUGUUCGUUCAGAAGGAAACAACACUAACUUGGAUCGGAGCGACGCGAUUGAAAAUGACCCAACAUUUUUCAUUCAGCGCUGUUGCUGUGGCGUCGAGCAAUGGAGCCCAGGAAAGCAAGAGCGUGUGACAAGUUAAACAGGGAUGUUUGACCUUUACUGCUACACCCCUGCCAUUUAAUCAUUGUUUUUAAAACUAAACCCAAUACAUUUAAUCUUUAUUAUUGCCAAAGUGCUUUGUGUGUACUUGCUAAGAUGAGUUCAAAUUAGCAAAACUAUUAAUGUGAAAGGUUGAGGGGAUGAGAGGGCUCCCUCAGCGCAACCUCUAAAUCAGUGAUUCUCAACUGGUGUGUCAGGACCAAUGACUGUGUCACAGAUGACUAGUAAUAAAAUUACAUGUAUUUCUAUUCUGAUUUUUCACGUACAGUACAAAAGUGUACCAAGUUACCACACGGAGCAUAGUACGAAAGUGACAAGAAAUGUUACUUCCUUGUUCUCUAGCCACUAGUUUUGUCUGUGUAAACAAAUACAGUGCAGCUCAGCCUUUGGCUGGCAGACAUAUCAAGGCUUGGCAUGGCUAUGCCUUUGGUGGUGUCACAAACUCAAACAGGGUUUAAAAAUGCUUUAAAAAAAAAAAAAAAAAAACAUUCUAUGAAAGUGUGUUGUGACUUUGCAACAGUAGGAUAAUUGAUGUCCCAAGGUGACAACAGUUGAGAAAAGCUGCUCUAAAUAACAAAUGCAAAGGGAGACUCACUGUGGCUCCACUUGGAAAUGACAGUUUCUUGCUCCAAUCAUGUUGGUGUGUACAGCACUUUGCCGAUUCAUUAAAGACUAUUAGUUAAUACCUGCCAAAUAAAUGCAACAGUUAAGUCAGCAUUUGACUUAGACGUCGCAACCUUCGUUCUGUUUGUUCAUUGGCCUUUUUUUUUCUUUUCGCCCUGGUUGGUUCAGAGGAGGACCUGUCUUGAGUUUUGAUAUAGGCUUGCUUAAGACAUACUAAUACAUUUUUGGGGCAAUUUUUGCAUGUGCUUUCUGUGAAUAGUUAUAAAGUUGCACAAAAUCAUUUGCUGGAAUCUGGUUUUUAAAACAUGAACAUUCUUCAAUGGCUUGGUUUUGGCCAUUUCAGUCAUUUAUUUCAAAUUGUAAACUAAACUUUUAAUUAUUCUCUCAUGCGGUUUUUCAUGUUACUGUAGUGUUUAAUGUUGCUGUCCUGUUCAUUGACCAAAUGAAAAUGAAAUAAAUAUAGCUGAUCUUGAAUCUGA